CCGCCCGCUGCGGCCGUCCAAGCAGUGUCCGCGUCAGCCGCGCCGUGUCCGCCGCCCGCGUCCGCCCGCGCCAUGUGCAGCGCCAUGGUCCUGCCCGCGCUCAGUCGGACUCUCUUCAGGAAAAACGAGGCGCAGCUCUCCAACACGAUCGUGACGUCGGCGGUGGCGCCGCCCGAGUGCCCCGUCAAGCCGGACCCGCAUGAGUUCCUCGACCUCUGCGCGCUGGCCAGCAGCGGCAUGGACAGCGACAUGGACGUUCACAACAACAUCAGCCAGCUGCUCAACUCGCUGGUGUGCCGCAGCGCGCUGGCCGCGCCGGGCGACGGCGUUUGGGAAGGCGGCCUCGCGGGCGUCACCGCCAGUGGUGUCAAGCAGUGGACGUACGAGGACAAGGAGAAGACGUGUGACCCGCUGUGGGGCAGCGACAUGCUGCACGCGCAGCACGAGCAGCAGGUGGAGCACGUGACCACGACGGCGGGCGGCAGCGGCGCCGCCGGCGACUUUGGUACCGCUGACCAGGAGAUGUUCGAGGACGUCGUGGAAGACGCUGCGGAGAAGGCGGCGACGGGAGGUGACGCGAUCAGUGCCUCGGAUGAGCUGAUCACGCUGCAGCCGUUGCCGGCCGUGCAGGGCCUGGUCGGCGAGCUCGACCCUAAGCAGCUCGACCUGCAGCAGCUAAUGGAGGACUACCUGUACGACCACGACGACGCGUCGACGCAGACACGGCUCGAUGAGCUGGCAGCGGCCACCUGCCCCGCGCCGGCGCCGGUCCGGUGGCCUGGCUCCGAGAACGGCUCGAUUCUGGAGGGCGUGCUGCGCGGCACGCUGCCGGCGACGCCGCGUUCCAGCGGGCUGAAGCACGUCGGCGCCGGCUUGAGGCCGGGCCAGCUCUGCUUCCCACUGGGCGGCUUCCAGACGUUCGCGCGCGGCGAGCUGGUCACGCCGCCGGCCGGCGCCGCACCCUACACGUGCGAGACCACGCGCGCAACGAGCACGUGCAGCCCCGGCCGCGCCGAGGCGGUCCGGUCGCCAGCGGAGGCGCCGUGUGACCUAUUCGUCGGCGCCGGUGCGCCACCCGCCGCUGCAGCGCAGAAGAAGGACGGCGGGCGCAAGCGCAAGUACGCCAAGCGCAGCUCCGUCGAUGGCGACGUACCGGCCACGCGUGGUCGCCUGCUGCACUUCUGUCCACUCUGCAGCAAGGGUUUCAAGGACAAGUACUCGGUCAACGUACACAUCCGCACGCACACCGGCGAGAAGCCGUUCCAGUGUGACCUUUGCAACAAGUGCUUCCGUCAGAAGGCGCACCUGGCCAAGCACGUGCACAUCCACAGCUCGACCAAGCCCCCGCCAACCAAGCGAUAGACGAGGAGCCGGGCUUCGACGUACCGACACUGUUACCAUGGUGACGAGUUACCGAUUAGACUAGAGCUAUCGUAGUGCAGCACGCUCAGGAACUUAGCUGCCAUAGCUCUGUGAUUUUGUUAUCGCUUAAGAAACGGAGUUAGACUCUGUAGCGUUUCCUUGUUCUUGUUAUGCGUACAUGGUUGUGUUGAUAUGGGGGACCAAGCGCGCCUCCGGAAAAUCCUCGCCGCCUGGGACGCCCCAGACGUGGUUCAUAUCAUUCCGAUCGGAAUCCCCGUUAGCAGCUCGACGCGGAUCGCAGAGGAUUCGCGGAGCAAGGCACCGAUCGCACCUUUACCAUUCCCAAGAGUCAAUCCGCUCGCUGAUCGAGUUUAAGCGCCCCGGAUCCCCAUGAUUAGUGCUGUCUUUCGCCAUCACCGCCGCCAAGGCACGGCCCGCGAGGAUAGGGUUUACGCGUUGCAGUGUGAGCGGGCUGGAAGGAGCCGUCGUGCGGCGGGAGGCAUGAUAUUGCCGGUGGUGGCCAUCGUGAGAACCGCACCACUCCGUCGGACCGGUGCUCAGUACAAACUCCAGGCGGACGACGACCGUCUGCCGAGGUGACCUCGGCACCUGGCCGGGGCAGGUCAGACCAGGUCGGGCAGAUAUCCGGGCGCCAGCAGCACGUGCUGCCUGUAGAUAGACCUCCGAUGUGUCAGAGCAGUUAUUCAGAUUUGGGAACAUUGCGAGAGACAGGUUAAGUGACGAUGAAAACGGGGCUUCUUGUUUCGAUUCGGUUCACAAAAGCGUGGCCAUGCUAGUUUUGUCUCACGCGUGACUUAUGACAAGAUGCCACUUAAAUCCUUUUUUCGACUUCUUUCUCUUUCGACCGCCAGUCUUUCGCAGUGUUCCCUAAACGUUUUUGGUGGAGGUACAUAUUGAUCUUGUCAGUCUUUUACAUCGCCCGUGAUCGUAAAUUUGGCAUUUUGGCAUUUGGCAAUUUGGAUCGUAUUUCGGUUUAAGAAAUAUUCAGAGAUGUGCAGUUAGAUUUUAUUCAGUGAUUUGGCGGCCAUUCCCUUGAACUUAUUUUACGAAUGAUAGCAUGGGACUCAGAGCUUUUCAGUGGCACACAACUUAAGUCCUGUAUAGAGUCGCAUAUUUUGAGCAAGGUCUACCAUGUAAGCUUUGUUUAAGUGUAAGGUUACCAAUUUAUUCAGUUGCAGGUUUCUGAAUGGCUUGUGCUUUGGCGAUCAGUUGCAGCUUACAUGACUUCGGAAUACCGCUUUUCCUCUGUCAGCGCUGCAUUAAGGGAUCAUGGAUGAUUUAAGAUAACCCAAGACGGAUUGUGGAGAAUGUCAGCAUAUUAUUUCAAGGAGUCUCGAUGCAGUCCGAGACUUGCGCAUACAACGUUUCUGUCAAAAAUCGCGACAUCAAAAGACAGUCAGAAACACCUUUCAGUUAGGUGAUGCAAAUUAUUCAAAGGAAGGGUCGGAAGGGAGUGAACAUGCAUGCCUCGCGUGCAUCAAGGAAGACCUCCACUGUGCGCAGAUCCGAAUGAAGUUGAUUGUGAUCUUGAACGGAAGUUACCGCAUUUUACCAUGGCGAUGAUACUACCUAAGGCGUGCAACAACCACGAAUGUCAGGAUCGGACGCCGCAAGAAAAUGCAUGUACAUAGCAGGCUGUUUUUCGCUGUAUACCCUUUCAGCCCCAGUAAACUGCUGGAGCUUGACUUUUGCUUUCAUCAUACUGCUGAUGUGCUAUGUAUACGUCUAAUGCCGUCGUCAUUUGACCCAUUUUAAUUUUUGAAUAAAGCUGAUGCAAACGCA